AUGUAUCAAACACAUAUUCCUAAGUAUAUGACCAGAAACAGAUUUGAGUUGCUUUUGAGAACUUUUCAUUGUUCAAACAAUCAAACAUGUCCUAGAGGUGACAGAUUGUAUAAAGUUCGUGGUUUGGUUGAUAUGCUAGUGAGCAAAUAUAAAAUAUGCAACAUACCAGGGGAAAAUUUGUGUAUUGACGAAUCGGUGAUUCCAUUUGUUGGACGUUUGUCGUUCCGUCAAUACAUAAAAAAUAAAAGGCAUCGAUACGGCAUAAAAAUAUUUAAAUUAURUAUAAAUGAUGGGUAUACUAUUGGAUUUAAAAUAUAUGCUGGUCAAGAAGCUAUCCCGGGAGUAGCAAUUUCAACGAAAAUUGUAAUGGAGUUAGCUGCAGAUUACUUAGAUGAGGGUAGUAUAAUGAACUUUUAA